AAAAGGAGCUUUCAGUGUUCUGACUUAGAGCUCAGUACUUGUGAAAGCAAGCGCAGAGCACUGUAGCAGGAGAACUUCAUUCAGAAGGAAAGUGCAUGUCGAAUCCUUCAAGGCGCACAGCAUGCAAAGCCGACACAGAGAGAAAGAAACUGAGUGCGUUUCGGCUAUUUCCAGAGCAAAGCAGGCACAGCAGCUCCUCAUUGCUGAAUGGCAGCUCUCCAAAAUGACUGAGUUUGUUUCAGAAAGACAUGCAUUGUGCUGCUCUUGAAUGGGUUGUCCAUGCCAAGUGGAUGUUCUGACUGCAGGCAAUGCUAGUCUGGAGAAGUUGUGUUCUCAGGUGGCUGGGGGUGAGGAUAUUCAGGAAAACCACCUUCUUGUUCGUCCUCUUCUGGUUCGCCUUUUGGAUUUUUGUCAAUGGUUUAGUGUUCAUGCACAGGACCAUCUUCUCUGACUUCUGCACUGAUGAGAAAAGUAAAAGGAUACUGGAGAGAGUGUGUGAUCAAUACAAGGAGGGAAUUCUCACUGGGGACCUGUGUGAAGAUCUGUGUGUGAGCCAGAAAGUGGAGUACAGGAGGUGUCUUUAUUAUGAAAACGGUAAAAAGGUUAUUGAGGCAGACUGGCGUGGGCUUCCCAUCAUCCUCAAAUCCAAGCUGGAAAACUUCUCUGCCUAUGAGACCUUUGGCCUACUGGAUUAUCAGGAAAUGCACGAAAUCUCCACAAUGGAUAUUGUGUUUUACACUGCGAUGGAGAUUAAAAGUUCUUUAGGCCUUGAACUGAAAAAUACCACUGUGCCCAAGCUGUGGACCAAACAUCUCGAAGAAAGAGUAGAACCCUAUUCCAAGGCUGAGCUCGCCUCUAUGUGGUCACUGCUCCAGCAGGAAGAGUACACGCUUUUCAAAAUCUUACAGGACCUGAGCAAACAUGUGGUCAAAGUCCUUGGCUCCUGUGGACACUUCUACGCUGUGGAGCACCUCAUAGCUGGGCACACGUGGAACCAGAAUCUCUUCUGUCUUGAAGAACUGCUUGACCCAUCAAGGGUGACACAAAAGAGGAGAGCUUUAAGAGAGGCCAUCCAUAAAAUUGCACUCAGUUUCUUAGACAUGGUCUCCCACUUCGAAAACGAUUUCUCUUACAAGCUUCACCUCUGUGACGUAAAGCCAGAAAAUUUCGCUAUUAGAAAAGACCUUACGGUUGUUGCAAUUGAUGUGGACAUGGCAUUCUUUGAGCCCAAAAUGCAGGACAUACUUGAACAGAACUGCACAAAUGAUGAAGACUGCAAUUUCUUUGACUGCUUCUCAAAGUGUGACAUGAAGAAAAAUAAGUGUGGUUCAAAACGCACCAAUAGCAAUCUCCAGGUGAUCUGUGACAAAAUCUUCAGGCAUUGGUUCUCCCCCAGCCUCGUAUCCCCCAAAGCCAACCAGCCUUUGCAGGUUCAGCUGCAACAGGCCGUGCAGAGGUGUGCAGAGCCAGCAGUGGAAGACCCAGCCGAAAGGAAAGCUCUUCAGCAGCACCUGCUUUCCCAGUUGUACCAGUUGCUGCAGGACAGCAAGGAACAGUUAAAUGAAUAAUCAAGAUGAAAACACCCUAUGCGUAAAACCAUAAAUGUUUUCCAGAUGUGUACUGCACAGUUUUUCAGCAUUACAUUUUUUUAGUGACAUCCAUCACGGAAAAUGAUAGAUUCCUCUUUUAAACGCUUUGUAACAGUAUUUUUUAUACUGAUGAAGAAAAUGAUGUCGAAGCUCCGACAUAAUUUUUUUUUGUGAAAUGCCACUGGGAAGGAUGUGAAAAAUGUGCUUUAUUACAAUAAUUGUGUUAAGAAAAAGCAAGCACUGGUUAGGAAGUAGACUAGUAUUUGAAAAGCAGUUUGGAUACGAGCAUUUAAAACACGAGAUCCAGGUGUUAUCAGGGAGAGCUGAUGAGUUUUCAAAGAAAUUUCAGCUAGGUGUGUAUAGAAAUGUGUUUUUGUUUUUCUUUUGUAAGACGUUUUAUGCAGUCAUGAAGAAAUUCCUUAUUCACAUUUCAGUUCAAAUUGGUAGCAUAGUUAAGAUUUCCAUGGUACUUUGGAAUUGUAUUUUUGCAGCUUCACCACAGUUUUGCUGUCCAAUUACUUUCUUUGAACAUUACUUUGGAAUACUAUGGAACAAACUGUAUAGUUAUCCUCACGUAAGGCAGGUAAGGUGGUGUAUUUUACAGUACUUUUCACUGUGCAAUUAAUGUUUGCUGGCUCCUUUUUGUUAUUGUUACUGUUUGUAUAAUAGCAAAAUUUAAGAAGCAUUUUAGUGAAAUUUUAGGAACACAGAUUGUUUUCAUUACUGAAGUUAAAAAACAUAAACCCACAAACUAUCAGUGAUUUUUUUUUUAAAUCAUGGCUUUUAUUUACUUUGGAACAGAAACAAAAACAGUGAUGCAAGACACUGUGAAACACAUAGCACCUUUAUUUACAUUUUUGUGUGAUUUGUCUGUAUAAAGUGCUUGUAAUAAAAGUUUUCUUUGGCCCAAUAUAUACAGGGCUUUACAAUGCACUCAAUAACUUGUGAAGUGUUUCUACAUUUUAUAAAAAAUAAAAUUGUAUUGGACAAUAUCUUCCUGGGGUACAUUUUUAUCUAUAUAUCACUGAAAGUCUGACACAGGCAUUGUCUUACUCUUGACUAAUGUGGUGUUUUUUGGGCAGAAAGAGAAAGUGCUGAGAGAGCUGUUAUUGUUAACACAACAUAACAUAUACAGUAUAACAACUAUUUUUACUGAAGAAACCCCACAAGUUACUGAAUGGGUUACUACUGUAUUUCUCAUGGCAACCACUAAUCUUGGUCUCACCUAUAAAUUAUAACUGCCCAAAUGAAAAUGCAGUUUCAUAUUCUUCAGAAAGCUUUCCAUGUUUAAUAGGCUGUGAGAAAAACUAAAUUCACCUCAUCAAGUGAUUAAAAUGUUAUGCAAGAGCAAAGGAAGAACUCCAAACAAUGUGUUGUUGGUAGAAUGAAUAUUAAAAUCUAUUUCACAUUACUGACCGAAAGGUUAA